AUGGUUGUUGAACACGGGCUCUUCAAACGGAGACAUCUGGCUGAACUCUCUCCAGGAAGCAUCCUAGAUUACACGAUGAGCCCGUGCUUGUAUGUGUUUGAUUCCGUUUUUCGUUUGAUGCGGUCAUAUGUAUUCUGUUCGACCUUAUCCAUAACGGCUUUCAUGGCUAUCAUGGCGAUGAUAUCGGGUGAUCCAUCAAAUUUAGGUGAUCCGCGUUGUCCCAAUUCGGACGAACAAGCACUCAUUACGGAACUGGUAUACAUACGACAUCAGCGACCAUGUUCCUUGCAAACCAGUCAUACUGGGAAAGCUAGUCUACGGAAAAUUGGCCUUGCUUUGGAGCAUGGCUAUCCGGUCAGCCAUUAUUUAAACAACGUAUGCGACGACCGGCGGGAAUACAAAACAACCGCGGAGAGCCCCAUCGUCUAUUGUCAGGCUUAA